UCCCUUUUGUUUUUCUGGAUCCCAAGUCGAAGAAUUUCGGAGCCUUCGUGAGGACUUCUUCCGCAUCCCGCAUCGAACCAAAUGCCAGGUGGCAUGCACGGAUAAUUCUCGUGUCUCGUCUUUGUCAUGACUUAUUAUGUUGUCACAUGGCUUCGUCAAGUUCCUACGCGACCGCGUCUGUUCUGGGUUGAUGGCGGUUGGUGCACAACAGGCGUGCUUCUGUGGUCGAAAUUGAUCGCAGUCGAUCGCUUCGGCUUUCCACGGUCAUAUCUGCAGAAAUCCCAUCACGCUGGACGUGUGGGGCUGCCCCGAUCCUCGUACGAAGGACUAUUCUGCCAUGUAUAGUAAGAAUCACUCCAGGCAUCAAUGCGCAGCCAAGUGAUGGGUUCAGGUUUGACUUCGAAUUUUGAGCCUGCAGUCGUCUGGACUCCGUUACUAAUUCUGUUUUACAUGCAGUCAUUGGCGAAGAGUAUAUAUUCGAAGCCGUAAUGAGUAUUCGUCCCCUCAACAGAGCACUGUUCGACUUUCCAUCUCUCAUGCCUGCCCCUCUGUCCACUUCCCACCAGACGCUGCAUGAGGAUCUCCUCAAGGAGCAACUGACGGAAAAAUCUGAAGGCAGCUUGACCCCGACUCACACCGGAACCGCAACAGUAGACGAUCCGUUUCUCGUCAAGCUCGAUCCGUCCGAGGAUCCGCUGCAAUUCUCAACGUUCAGAAAAUGGGUAGUUGUCGCGAUCAUUUCGUCGGCAUCGCUGUGUGUGACAUGUUCGUCGUCGAUGGCCUCGUUCACCGAACAACCGAUUGCCAAAGAAUUUCACGUAUCUCGGGAGUCUACCGUCCUCAUGAUCAGUCUGUUCGUGCUCGGGCUUGGGACCGGACCUUUGAUUACCGGACCAUUCUCGGAGGUUUACGGGCGUUCGAUCAUUUACAAAGUGUCUUACGCGUUAUUCGUUUUGUUCUGUGUUCCGGUGGUCUUUGCGCCAAAUUUGGGUGUCGCCCUAACGUUUCGUUUCCUACUUGGUGCGACUGGAGCGUCUUUCCUCAGUGUUGCCGGAGGAAGUAUGGCAGACUUGUUCUCCGGGUCGCAAGUUCGAUUGCCCAUCGCAGUUUAUACUAUGUUUCCGUUCUUGGGCCCAGUCUUGGGACCAUCGGUGUCUGGUUUCAUCAAUCAGCAUCUAUACUGGAGAUGGACGUAUCGGAUUUUGCUUAUUUGGAGCUUUGUUGAAGUUGUUGCCAUUUUCCUGUUUGUACCAGAGUCGUAUUCCCCCGUCCUUCUGCAAAGAAAGUCGCGCCGGUACGAGACUUGGCUUCUGGCCAUCCAUUUGCUAAACACCAGCAGACUUCGCAAAGAGACAGGCGAUGAGCGAUACUGGGCGCCACUUGACCGCCGUGAAAUAAAUCUCACUCGGUCGCUCCUACUCAGUUGCUCUGUUCCAUUCAAGCUUCUGAUAUUCGACAGAAUGGCCCUUCUGCUCAAUACCUGGACUGCUCUGAUUCUCGGAAUCUUGUACCUGAUGUUCCAGGCCUUCCCGCUUAUAUUCGAGCAAGGGCAUCAUUUUAACGCUCAGAGCGCCGGCCUCACGUUUAUGGGCAUUGGCAUCGGCAUGAUCGUGGGUCUCAGCACGCAGCCACUCUGGGACAGGCAAGCCUCAGUCAAGCUUUCGCCCAAUGGGGGCACGGCACCUCCGGAGACAUUCCUCGUGAUGGGACAGGUCGGGGGAAUAAUGGUUCCGCUCUCUUUGUAUUGGUUCGCAUUCACGACAUAUCCGCGCGUGCAUUGGGUUGUGCCCAUUAUCGCCUCGAUUCCCUUUGGCACAGGGACCUUCUUCGUGUUCACGGCAACGUUCACGUAUCUUGUCACUUCGUAUCGUCCGAUUGCGGCCAGUGCCAUGGCCGCAAACAGUGCUCUCCGCUCGAGUUUUGCUGCCGCCUUUCCGCUCUUUGCCGGCGCCAUGUACAACAAACUGGGAACUGUUGGCGCAUCCGCGCUUCUGGCGGGCCUGGCUACCAUCAUGGUGCCUCUCCCGUUCAUUUUUUAUCGCAUGGGUCCUGAGUUGAGGGCCAAGUCUCGUUUCGCAAUCUGAACCUACAGAUCUAUUGUCUCCUGGAAUCCACAGCAUCAGUAGAAUGACAGUACGCUAUAGAUGACGCAUUUCCAAACAUGACUCCGGACCUUACAGUGUCUUAUGCACAAUCUGAAAACGGUUGCUUGAAGAAGAGCUGCUGUUGUUUGAAGGCACGGUACUAGACCAUAAUUCAUUCCUCAGUGGAACUAGACAGUUGCGGAGGCGUGCGACGAUCUUGAGAAAUCUGGUCAAGAGUUACUCUGAUCGUCGUUGGAAAACGCCACUAUGUCCGCUUCUUCCCGCGCCACGGCAAAGGCGAUCUUCACGGCAACUGCAAGACGUCGAUCGCGAUAAUGUACCCAACUAGGUUUGACUUUAAUUUCCAAUCGCACGCAGGACGUCUCAGGUCCCACACAAAGACGAAGACUUGAGUGCAGAUGCGCUGCAGGGUCUGUCCUUUGCUCCUUUACAAAGACGCCGAUGUUGUCUGCUCUGGGGCGGAAAGCCACCACAGCUCGUAGACCAGCCACUGCCACCCUGUUUGCUGCCGUCAGCCAAGAGGCGUUCAGACGCAAUUUCAAGCCGGUUCACACAUCGCAAUCAACUCGGAUGUAUUCCCAUUGCACAACGUCUUUGCCUAUGCUCGAGGUGCCUCGCUAACCAAUGAGCUACGGCGGCCAUCAGUCAUGUGCUCGAUUGAAUCCAUAAAUAUGACGUCACGCGCGGCGCAUCGCGUCGAACCACACAAUGGCUUUCUUUCCUGACAUCCUCAUCGGCGCCGCCCGACUGCCGCUUGUUGCAGUCGGGCUUCCGCUCGGGCUGGGCAUGCUGAGCGGGUACCCCACAGCUCAAGUGGUCAAGGGCCCGUGGUACAAUGCACAACCUGAAGGUGCCCCCGGGUCGUCCACCGCGGUGGGUAUUCCCCAUCGUCUGGCCGGCGCUCUACGUCUCGAUGGGAUACGCCUCGCACCUCAUCGUCGGCGCACUCGAUAACGCGCUCACGUCCACCGUCAGGUCCCAAUGCCAGACGGCGCUGUGGCUUUACUACGGCCAACUAGCACUCAAUUUGACGUGGACGCCGUUGUUCUUCGGCGCAAAACGGACGGGUCUCGCCCUAGUCAACAGCGCACUGAUGGCGGGGACGACGUUCUACCUGACCAACUUGGUUUCAGGAAUUGCUCCAACCGCCAGCCAGCUUUUACUGCCGUACUGCGCCUGGCUCACGUUUGCCACAUACCUGAACGCUGGAAUUUGGUGGCUCAACGGGAGUGAGAAGCAAAAGACGCAGUGAUGGAUCUCUAGUGACAACCUCUGUCAUCGUAGUGUAUAAUCAAAAUGACCAAAUACACUCCGAAUAGUCCAACAGAUCCCAAACGAGCGGUGGGGUGUACAAUAAUUGUAGUCUAUUGAUAUUAGUACGAGAAGAUCAUAAGCCAAGGAUUCAAUACGAUAGGAAGGAGAAUGUGGCAACCAACGACCAGGGACAGAGGAAUGUUCAGAGCCCAGUUCCACCCUGGAAUCUGCCAUUCGGCAGGGACGGCGCCAGUCGUGAAGACGAUCAUCAUCACAAUGGCGGCAAAA